AUGUUGAAACAGAAUGCAGUCCUUGAAUCAAGUGGAACAUCGAAUUCUCAUCCAAUUGAAAUAAUACCUGCUCCACUACCACCACGUAUUGAUAAACUUGAUUUGUCACCGGCUAAACAUCCUCGUAUAGAAUCAGCUCCAGGUUUCUUUGGUUAUACCGCUGCUGCUUAUGGUCAAGAAGCAUGGGGUGCUUCAGCAGGUUUAGUUGCUGGUGGUGGUGCUGAAGUUGCUGAUGCAGAUCUUGCUCUUGGUGAUGGAUAUAGCUCAUCACCAUUCGAAUCAUCAGGCUUCACAACAAGUGGUGCAGAAGCCGGUUGUGGUGCUGGUUAUGGUGCAUCAUCAUGGGGAGCAUCAGGCUACUCAAUUGGUGCUGCAGGUGGAGUUGAUGCUGCUUUUGUUGCUGCUGAUACCAACCGUAAUGGCACACUUGAUCAAGGAGAAUUCCGUCAAUUCCUUGCUCAAAAUCUUUAA